AUGGCUUAUAAAAAGACUAGAAGGAAUAUCAAACAAUUCCUUAUUACAAUCUUGGCAGGAUUGAAUUUUGUUCAAGGGAUGUUAUUGACAACGUUUAUUCAAGUUACCACCAGAAACGUCUUGAAAGAACCUUCUAUUCAAUUACAAAAUGCUACAAAUUUUACAAAAAAGCUGUUUAUAUUAACGUUAGUUACGCUAUUACAGAUCGUAGCUCCUUCAUCGGUGAGAAUCACAUAUGAUAAUAAAUCUAUCCCAAAAGAUACUUUUAGGAUAGAUUUAAAAUCAACUAGAAUAAUAUCAAGUCUGAAACCGAAUUCUGUUAUUAUUAGUAACCAUCAGAUUUAUACUGAUUGGGUUUUCUUGUGGUGGUUGACAUAUACUUCAAAUCUAUCUGGCAAUAUAUACAUCAUUCUGAAAAAUUCAUUACAGUCGAUUCCACUAUUGGGAUAUGGAAUGACAAAUUAUAAAUUCAUCUUCCUAGAAAGAGAUUGGAAAACAGAUAAACUUACUUUACAUAAUAUGUUGGGCAUGUUGCAAGCCGAGUCUAAAGGACAAGGAUAUUUAGCUGGUAACGCCCCGAAUGUUAAUCUUGAGACUGGGGAAGAACAUUGGACUUUCAAUCAGAACAAUAACCAUCAAUCUACUAAUAAUAAAAAAUGGCCAUAUUGUCUAAUUUUAUUUCCAGAAGGCACUAAUCUGAGUUCGAACACUAGAAAGAAAAGUAAGGAAUAUGCAUUGAAAAUAAAUAGACCAUACUAUAAGAAUGUGUUAUUACCUAGAGUCACUGGGCUUAGAUAUUCUCUUCAAACAUUACGCGAAUCAGUGGAUGUGUUGUAUGAUGUCACCAUAGGGUAUUCUGGUGUUAAAAAGCAUGAGUAUGGUGAACUUAUUUAUAGAUUACCAAAGAUCUUUUUCGAAGGAAAAAUGCCCAAAUUAGUUGAUAUUCACAUCAGAGCGUUUAAGAUUGAAGAAAUUCCAGUUGAUAAUGAAAACAAAUUUACAGAUUGGUUAUUAAACGUAUGGAAAGAAAAAGAUGAAUUAAUGGAAUAUUAUUAUGAUAAUGGAUCAUUCUUAAAAAAUAAUAUCGAAGAGUCUUCUUCUGUAGUUACUGGUCCAUUCAAACUUAAAACGUGGGAGUAUCUCAACAGUAUUAUCUUUCCAUCUCUACUUUCACUCACAAUAAUUUUUGUCAUUAGACACAUCCUUAAAGGAUUAUAUAAUUUAUUUUGA